UCAAGGUUCUACAGCAACUACUGCUACUACUAGUACCUCGAAUCUUGUAAACUUAUAUUGAUUGGUCUCCUGACUCACUUCCUUUUUCAGUAUAUUUAUAUACUCGUUUACGGGAAUAUUCACACGGACCUCUCGAGUUCGGUGACUGUUAUAUACGUCUACAUUACUUCCGGUGUCACGCAAGGCUCCUGCCGCCUUCCAAUUCAUACCUUACCUGGUAGCGCGAUAACAAACGGAAAAACGGACGAGGACUUCUCACGCGCACGGAGUUCGCCACCGAGGAUUCAUUGCACGCCGCUAUCAUUACCUGAUACUGCGAACUUGGGCCUCUCGAGUUCCUUUUCUUAAUUACAGGAUUACUCGCCGAACGACUGCGAUACAACUACUCCACCACUUCACCACUUCUAUACAUCACCCAUAUACAAGAUGGUCAAGUUCUCCACUCUCGCCCUCGGGCUCCUCGCCAUCGCCGGCGAAGUCUGCGCACAGAGUAAAGUAAAGGUCAUGCCCUUUGGCGCUUCCAUUGUUUCGCGAUGCUGGCGCGCCAAUCUCCAGACUAGUCUUAGAGCUGGUGGUGUUACGAACUUCGACUUCGUUGGUAGUCAGAAGAGCAGUUGCGCUGGUACCGACAUCGAUCAAGACCACGAAGGCCACCCUGGAAAACAGGCCGCGGAAUUCGUAGCAAAGGGUAACCUUACUGUCUGGCUCAACCAAAACCCCCCGGAUGUCAUUAUCAUGCUCCUCGGUACCAACGACGUCAUCAUCGGAAAGAGGUCUGUCGACGACAUUCUUGCCUCGUACGACAUCUUAAUCGGACAAAUGCGCAAGAAGAACCCCAAUAUGCAGAUCGUCUUCUCUAACCUACUGCCUCUGGACCCAGCGAAGUGGGCUGCGUCUGCCGUAAAAGGAAUCAAGGACCUCAACACUGCCAUAGCCACCUACGCGCCGAAGAAGAGCACCACGAAGAGUCCGGUGUACUUUGUAGACAACUUUAGCGGCUUCGAUCCAGUCAAGGAUGCCGAUUCGGACGGCGAGCAUCCCAACCUGACUACGGGCGUGCAGAAGAUGGCAGCCAAGUUCCUUGACCCUACCAAGACGGCAAUAAGGGCAGCAGCUGCAUUGAAGGCGAAGAGGGUCAAGAGGGCUGAUAGGAUGUUGAACUUGUCUGAGUAA